AAGAGAGGGGGAUUCGGAGUGGUACUGUUCCCACUCCUUUGGUUGUGGGCAUGGGUGCGGCGUGCGAGGUGGCUAAAAACGAGAUGGAUUAUGAUGAGAAGAGGAUUUCUAGUUUGCAACAAAGACUCCUUAAUGGGAUUAGAGAGAAGCUUGAUGGGGUGGUGGUGAAUGGGAGCUUGGAGAGGCGCUAUGUGGGGAAUUUAAAUCUGUCUUUUGCGUAUGUUGAAGGGGAGAGUUUGCUCACGGGGUUGAAGGAGGUGGCUGUGUCCAGUGGCAGUGCCUGCACUAGUGCUAGCCUGGAGCCUUCGUACGUUUUGAGGGCGUUGGGAGUGGAGGAGGACAUGGCUCACACUUCUAUUAGGUUUGGAAUUGGGAGGUUCACUACCGAAGCUGAAAUUGACAGAGCAGUGAAGCUCACUGUUCAGCAGGUGGAGAAAUUGAGGGAAAUGAGUCCGCUGUAUGAAAUGGUCAAGGAAGGGAUCAACAUCAAGGAUAUUCAAUGGGCACAGCACUGAUCAUUAGCCUUUCCAAUUGCAUUUCAGUACAGGUGAUGGGGGAAGGAACAGUGAUUGGACUCCAAGCAUAACUGUCACUGUUGCAAUUGUCGGUUUUCACAUAUGUCUUAUUAUUUAGCUAUAGAUUGUAUCUCGA